AUGUUGCCGAAAAGCGUCGUGCUUGUGUUACCCCUUCUUGUCACGGUCUUGGCUAAGAAAACCCCUUCCUAUGAUGGCUACGACCUCAUCUGGGAGGAUACAUUCGAUGGCAAAGAGGGAUCCUCGCCCGACACCGUUAAAUGGAAUUUGAUGGAUUGGUACAAGAAUCUUAACGGUGAUUUCCAGACGUAUACCUCCUCUACAUACAACCUACAACUCAGCGGCAAAGGUACCGUUCGCAUCAUCCCUUGGAGAGAAACUACCGCCGUGAGAGGGUGGACUUCUGGGCGCAUGGAGAGCAAGUACGUCUUCACGCCCACUCCUGGUGCCAUCACUGUUGUCGAAGCCCGUAUCAGAGUCGGCGACUCACCUCCAGAAAAUAAGCAGGGCAUUUGGCCUGCCUUUUGGCUGCUUGGUGACAGCCAUCGAAAUGGGGGGCCUAUCUGGCCGGCGUGUGGAGAGAUCGAUAUCAUGGAAAUCUUCAGUGGCGAACACCUCGGUUAUGGAGCCAUUCACUGUGAUAAAAACCCAGGUGGUAUCUGUAAUGAGAAUACGGGUAUCUCUGGGUCUAUUGGUCUACUUGAUGGUGGAAAGGGCUGGCAUACAUGGCGAGCUGUGAUCGACCGCACCAAGCCUACAUGGGUGCAGGAGAGUGUUACCAUCUACCUCGACGGCGUCCAAUUCCACAAAGUCACCGGAGCCAGGAUCAACAACGAGGCUGUGUGGAAGACUAUCGCUGCUAAUAAGGUCCAUUUCAUUCUGAAUGUCGCUGUUGGCGGUGAUCGACCUAAAGAUCCCAAUGACUGGACCCAUGAUGGCAUGGGGGCUGGAAUGGAGGUCGAGUAUGUCGCACACUAUGAGACGACUGGUUCGCCUGGAUUUGAACCCUAUGGUGACAAUCCUCAAGGUACCCCUGAAUAUGCUCCAGAGCAUCAAAGCCAACCUGCCCCUGAACCUCCCCAUAAGUCUUACCCUCCUCAGGAGCCAUCACCUUACUAUCCUGCUCCCGAACCUUAUAGUGAGCCUGCUUAUCAUGCCCCUGCUCCUCAAACUCCUCCUCCUCAUGUACCUCCUCACUAUACACCUCCCCAUCACGCACCUGCUCCCCAAGAGCCUUACCACGCUCAUGAGCCAUAUGUGAAUCCUGUUCCAGAGGCUCAUAAUCACCAUAUUCCCAAUCCCCCCGCUUCUCCUGAUGGCUCAUAUUGUCCAGCUCCUGCGGCUCAUGAUCCUCACCAUGGAACGUACGGCCGUCCUGGAGGAUGGGGCCCUGGAAGUGGCGGUCCUCCUUGUCCUCCUGGUCACGUUGGUAGAUCUGGCCCUGCAAACCCUCCUCCUCAUACUUAUUCUACGGCUUCAGACUCACACAUGAGCUGUGGCGGAAGUUGGUACUGCAACUGGUCCUCUUCUUCUUCCUCUUCAUCAUCAGGACACGUUCCUUGA